AUGCGCAGCUUCCUACUUCUCCUCGUCCUCGCUCUCGUGGCAAUUACAUGCAGCAAUGCUUUCAUGUCAAGUCGUCCCAAGCUUAAGGUGUCAAAGCCGGAGCUGGAUCAAGCUGUUCAGUGGAACAUCGAAGACAAACGCUUUCUUCGAGCUACGGAUGCAGCUGAUGAAGAACGCGGACUAGCGGACACUAAAACGAAAUUGAAGGCAUGGCUGGAAAAGUUUAUUUCAUUGUUCAAGAAGUCGAAAUCAGCGAAGGCGACGACGACGACGACGACAACGAACUUAGAGGAGGUGGCUGAGAAGGUGGCGAUAAGGUAUCAGUCGGAGAUGUACAAAAGUGAAGUGAUGUUGGCAGAAGAUCUGAUCAAGAAGGGCGUCAUGAAUGACGAUCUGUACAAGAACAAGAUCAGCCCAGAAGCGUACUUUGACGCGAUGAAGCUGGACCCGAAGCUCAGAUUCGUUUCCGAUUCGGCUGUUGCGAGGGCGAACAACCCCAACUUGGAGAAGUUUUUCACGUACUCUCUCUUCUGGACCAAGAAAAAUGAGGUCACAAAGGCUGAAGGUCUGAUCAAGAAGGGCGUCAUGAACGAUGUUCUGUACCAGAACAAGAUCAGCCCGGAGACGUACUUCGACGCGCUAAAGCUGGACCCGAAGCUAAGAUUUGUUUCGGACUCGACGGCGAGGGCGAACAACCCCAACUUGGAAAAGUUUUUAUCGUACACUAGCUUCUACAACAAAAGCCAGGCCGGCAAGAGAGAAGUCGCAAAAGCGGAAGAUUAG